AUACAUACAUACAGGUGUGCCGUGUGUAAACUAGAUAGCACUUCCUUUAUUGCACGACUUUCAGGGUGAAUAGGUAAACACAUGAUAAUCGCCAAUUGUUGGUAGCGACAUGGCCCCUAAAAAGAAGAAAACAGGAAGGAAAAGGCAGGCAUAUCCACCGUCGACGUUUGAGUAUAAGCCACCUAGCAUUUACGAGCUAGGAGUUAAACCGUAUUUAUUCGUGAAGUGCAAGAUAUGCUGCACAGCUUUGCCUCAUUUGAACUUCGACUGGCCGGCAGUCCCGACGGAGCUCACCGUAGGAGCCAUUAAAGAAGCAAUUAAGAAACGCCACGGCGGAGGCCUUCCCCAGCUCACCCUCUACAAGGACGUGGUGAACCCGGAACACUCCCUGGCUGAAGUUGCGGAUGACACCAUGCUCAAGGAUCUGGGCAUCCACGGCGUUUACGUGGGCAACAACCGCGAGGCUGCGCUGCCGCUUGUCACCUUCUUCUACGACUUCACUGCAGUGUGCUUCGAUGACGCCGUCGCUGCUGUGGAGCCGGACGCCAUCCAGUCCAAACACGACAUAUCGCUGAAGCUCUACCGCAAACUCACUGCGCCGCAACUCCAAAAGGCGCUGCCAAAUCCUGCAGCGCCCGCUGCCGGCUCCACAGCUGUUGAGGCUGGGGCAGUUGUAGGUGGGAUGGGUGGGUUCGGGGGGGCUGGCGUGCGGACGGCUGGUAAGUUUGCGUGAAGGGGCCCAAUUGGCGAGAUCUCAGCAUGGCACCAGACGCGCGGGGAGUGGUUUGCUGGCAGAGGAUUUGUGCGCUGUCUUGUAACACCAGCGGUAGCAUGGUCUUGAGCUUUGUUUCGGACGUGGGAUGUUGGGCGCCUCACGUCCAACCAGCUCGCUAAACUUUAGCACAAGGAAUGGGGGCUUCAUUGUGACGCGCGCGUUUUCAUCUUAUGGGCUGUUGGGAAGCGUGCGUUAUCUGGGCGGCAGGGCCGUGGUGCAGCGCGCUGCGCUCGGCUGUGUCGUCUUGGCAUUGCAUCAUUCAUUACAUCUGGAAAGGAAUAAGAGUUAACAGUGGAUGGGUGGGUGGAUGGUAUAUCCUGGGGUUUGGCAUGAGUACUGUCAGCCAAUUAGGUUACUGUGCGCUUGCAG